AUGACUCUUAACGAAACACAGCCCAAAAGGCGGGAGUCUCGCUCAGGGACUAGAAAGGUGUCGACUUUGUCAACGGAACAGCUUGAGCGAAAGCGUGCCAACGACCGAGAGGCCCAACGAUCUAUUCGCCUACGCACAAAAGAACAUAUAGAACAACUUGAGGCUCAGGUCUCCGCCUACCAGUCGCAGAUCGACGAGAUGAGGCUCCGAACCGAGCGCUUUGAUGAAGUCAUGCAGCGAAACACCAUGUUGAAAGAUGAAGUGGACCGAUUGAAGCAACAGCUAUCUUCUCUCACUGGGCGACCGGAAUUUGAACCUGAUAACAAUGAACCGAUGGGUCCUUUUCCAAAUGGCUGGUCUAUGGAGGACCCCUUGAAUAAUGCAUCGCCCGGUAUCCCCACGACAGGGACAUUACUAUCGCCGCAUUUCACUGCCACCUCGAACCCCCGAACUCCCUCAGCCCUGUCAGCCUCGAGCCGAGCAUCUCAUCAACAUGACUGGCACCAACAAUACCCACCCACUAGAUCACCAUCCGUGGGGGAAGCUUCCAACCCGGAAUACCCGAAUCGCAUGGAGUCUUAUGUGAUAGAUGGCCAACUCCAUCAAGGGCAACAACACAUCUUUCCGUCCCUGAAUCCAGUAGCGCCUCAGUUCCGCUUUGGUGGUACUCCGACUCCUUCCCAGCAGCAACCCGAGUCCUCUUUCCCCCCAUUACCCUAUGGCAGCCGGUCACUUUCCCUGCCGAAUGCUAGCUCGGUUUCUCCAUCCGAAGCUUACCAGUCCUCGACCUCGGUGUACCCCCAGUCUUUACCUCAGUCACAGCAGGGAGACGAGACAUAUCACUAUCAAUGGGCGCCUCCUCCAUGA